AAUCUAACCUGUGCUAAGGCCUUCUUACACAACUUUUGUUUGUAAAUUUUGUUUUCUUCCUGCCAAAAUCAUGCGGGCAAUUUGUUGAUGAGGGGAGCUAGUCGUCCCUGUGCUAGUCGAGGACCCCAUAGACAUCCCUUCUGUAUCCACCCGUUCACCCUUCAUCCCCCUUCCCCCAACCCUCCACCCCGUCCUCACCAUUAUCGACACCACCAAAGAGUCCUUGGCCAUGGCCACUGAGGCGGGGGUACCUUGCUUGUCGGACCGAGGCAGCGAUGAUUGUGAUGGUGGUGAUGAUGGUGAUGAUGAUGAUGAUGAUGGCAUGGUGAUUUCGGGGUUUGGCUCUGGCGAAGCUUUCGACUCUAGCCUGCCCCCGACUGACGAUGAAGAUUUUUACACCACCUUCUCCCUGGUAACAGAUAAGAUCUUGACUACAUCGGCUUAUGAAGGCGGCUACAAAGCUCUCGUGCCCAAGUGGGAACCCAAAGACUUGAGGCCUAGCAAAGCCUCUGAGGCAGGUAGGACUACACCCACCUCGCCUCUGCCUGACAUCCGGGGCUCGCCACCGGUGGCGGUCCCCUCGGAUAUGCCACCCAAGCUGCCUGCAGGGAAAAUGGACAACCGUGAGGUAAAACCUCUGCAGCCAGACAUGCCAGUCCUGCUUCCCCUGCCGACGUCCUUUGAUGUGGACGGCACCAAGCCAAGGGGCCCCUUCAUCACUUCACCCAUGCUGCGCACAGUACCCGCCGCCUUGCCCACGGUGCCUGGCGUGGUGAGGCGCGUGCCCCCCGUCUCGGAGGUGAUUCGUGAAUCCAGCAGUACCACGGGCAUGGUGGUGGGAAUUGUCUCAGCUGCUGCUCUCUGCAUCCUAAUUCUCCUCUACGCUAUGUACAAGUACAGAAACAGGGACGAGGGUUCCUACCAGGUGGACGAAACGCGCAACUACAUCAGCAACUCUGCGCAAACCAAUGGCGCUGUAGUGAAGGAUAAAACACCCAGUGGCAGCGCCAAAGGCAGUGCCAGUAGCAAGAGACCGAAAGACAAGGAUAAGGAAUAUUAUGUAUAGAAAUCAAAUAAUUUCACAACACAUGAAUAAACUGUUUGGAACAAAGGUAAAGACAUUUUGACAGUACCAUAUUGGCAACUGUGAUUUAAAAAGAACACAUUUUCUUGAGAACUCUAGACUCGUGGAGUCGCUUACAGAUGAACUUCAGCUCACAGAAGCACACUUACUAUUGUAAGCGUUACAAAGAGACAAUGCAGUACAACUUCAUCGGGACAAUUUGAAAAGUCCCCGCUGGAGACAUUCGGCAGUGUGAAUUAUCACUCAAACACCCCACACCACCCCAAGUGACUGUGAAGAGGUGUGUAAUCCUUGGAGUUCUACUGACCCUGUCCAUUGUAACCCUGUAAGAUAUGAUCACUGUCAUUUUGGCCAUUCUGAGCAUGCAUGUGAGGUGUAUGUGAUGUGGUGCUGGCAUCUGUGUAAGUGAGGGACCUCAAGAAAUCAUGAUUGUUGGGGAAAGUUGGAAGUCAAAACACGUUUUUGGUUUUUUUUCAAUUGCUAUUCAAAUGGUUCAUUUAAUGUAGCCGUCAUGGACAUAAGAGGUAAAGUAUACAUGUGCUUAAAAGUGUCUUUUUUAUUUCUCGUUUGUUUUCAUUUAUCUCUUUACUUAUUUAUCUAUUUAUUAAAAUGAAUGAUUUUCUGUCUGUUGUCAAAGAUAAUACUGGCCAGUCGGGGUUUACUAGACAGUGUUCAGUCACGGCUGCAGCUGAAUAAAAUGCCACGUAUCGCGAGAUUUUUCUCUCCCUGGGCAUCCAAAUUCAAGACGUUGUUCAAGCUUGCAAAAGCAAACUGAGCUUUCAGAAAAGUAGAAUACACAGCUACUUCUCUAAAUUUGACUUUUAAUAAUAGAAAUCCCUGAUUUCAUAUUUUGGAUGGAUGCGGCGAUAUGAAAUUUGAGCCGAUAUCAAUAUCAGAUGUUAUUGUUUGCCGUUAUGGCCAUUGAGAGACAUUUCCAUUUCCCCACCCUUUCGAUACCGUUUCAAAAUGACCACACUGCUGACAUUGCUUCUCUGCUUCAGUUGACACAUCCCACAAUCCUGUGCUGCAUCGUCAUCACUGUCACAUGACCAAACAGCUACCACAUGGCCAACUUCCUUCCCUCCCCCUCCCGAAACACAUAGACAAACGCAGACAAGACGGAAACAAACAUCGGAUUCUGAUGUCGGCCCAGGUUAACUUAUCGGACCGAUGCCACAUGUUAAAAUAUGACCAGCAUCAGCCGAUACUGAUGUUAAAGCAGAUAUAUCGUGCAUCCCUGAGAUUUCGUUUCCUUUAUUUUAGGCAUUAGCUGACAUGCUGUGUUAAAAUGAAUCACGCUUUGUGUCUGCAAACAGUGUAAUUCUCACGGUCAAAAACACGGGGAGGAAAUGUGGGGUUAAAUCUGACUGCAGUGUGACCAAGUUUUUUUUUUUCUUUCCAUCAGUUUUCACUGAAAACUGUGUCAAAACAACAAUGUUUACAUAGUUUAUCACAGCUAGUCAGUGUGCUUGGUGACUCAUUAUUUUACAGAAAAAUUCAAUUUUCUGUAGUUUUUUUUUUUCCUCGUAAUGUCGAGGCAGUUGUACAUUUGAUUAGAUUAAAUUAUUUUAUUUAUUUAUUUUCGCUGUUGCAACAUGUCCUUUUCUUCUUUGUUUGCCCUGGAGUGAAUAAUGGAUGUCUACAGGAACGAGUCCAGAGAGGCUGGAGGUCUAGUCUCUCUGGACGGCAUUUAUUCUUCAGUCGCAUGAAAAUUCAACCAUCUGACGCUGUCUACACCUCUCUCAGAUGUUGCGUGAGGGUUCUUCGUCUGAAAUUAUGUUUUCAUCAUGUUAUUUAUUUUUUUAUCGGAAUUCUAAAAGAAAAAUAACAGUAUAAGAUAAUAAAGACUGAUCAUGGUGGAUUUGGAGA